UUAUUUUGAGUUUCGACUAAAAUACUACACAAAAUGUGAAAUAAAACUAUUUAUCCUCUUUCUCAACAACUACUAAAAUAGCCAAAUAAAUAAGCAAAAUAAAUAAAAAUAAAUGAAAAUGCAAAGAGACAGGUGGACAAAGAAGAGAGGAGGAGAGUGAAUAGGAGAAGCAAGCAAUAUACUAUAUACCAUAGUAUUUAGACAGUGAGGCUUGCCUCGGAGCGGGACCAUCAAAUCUUCUCUCUCUACAUCUCUCUCUCUCCUCUUUUCUCUCUCCUCUCUGAGAUUCGAUUUCUCGCCGAUAUUUCUCUCUCUCUCUCUCUCCUCAAGGAUGUUCUCAGUUUUUCAAGGGCUGCAUUUCAUUUGAUUGAGAUUUGAAAAAAAAAAAAAAAUGGAGGGUGAUACGUAUUCGGGACUCGGUAAUAUCGCGCAAAUGGAUGGCAAGAUCUUGCAGAGUUUCCAGAAGAGCUUUGUCCAGGUCCAGAAUAUACUUGACCAGAACCGGCUGCUAAUCAACGAGAUUAACCAGAAUCACGAGUCGAAAAUCCCCGACAAUUUGAGCCGGAACGUGGGCUUGAUCAGAGAGCUUAACAACAAUAUCAGGAGGGUUGUUGAUCUUUACUCCGACUUGUCGACUUCUUUCACUAAAUCGAUGGAUAAUUCGUCCGAGGGUGAUUCGACUGUCGGCGGCGUAAAAUCAGCUGGCCAGAAGAGGCAUAGGCUCGGCUAGUUCUUGAUUCUAUUACACGUACGGUGCGCGAAAAACACACACACCAAGAAUUAGUGCAGACAACACAAUCUUGAGAAGGUAAUAGAAAGAAAGAAAGAAUGUUUAGAUUUUGUAUGUUAAAUUAAUUAAUUAAGUAAUUACCAUUCUUGCCACUAGUAGUGAAAAAUAGCUCCAAAAAUCUAUUAUUACCUGCAUGUAUAACUUUGUACCUGUUAUCUAAUUUAAUCAAGAAUGCCUGGCUUUUGAUUGUUAACUUUCAUGAAAGCCAAUUCUGGGA